AUGAUUGAUUAUGGACAUAUGGAAGAGAAUGGAGAAGGAGUACGUGAUGGUGCACGUGCUAUGGUGAAACGAUGUAUGGAUGUUUUAGUAUUAUUUCGAUUGAAAUCUUUGAAAAUCAAACAUGUUAAAAGUAUAAUGGCAGCAGAAGAGCAAUGUAUAACUGAAAACAAUGAUAAUGAUCUGAUUAUUUGUCAUCGCUACCGGUUGGUACAUAAAAUAGGCAAUGGUACCUUUGGAACAGUACUGUUAGGAAUUGAUUUGUACGAUCAUAGUGAAGUUGCAAUGAAGCUGGAAACGAAAGCUCGAAACAAUACAUUGUUGCACGAAUAUCACAUUUACAAAAAUUUUAAAGAAGAAAUAGGAUUUCCAAAAGUUCGGUGGUGUGGUAAUCAAGGUGACUUCAACAUAUUGGUAAUGGAAUUGCUAGGUCCUUCGUUGGAAGAUCUGUUCAAUUUUUGCAGUCGUAUUUUCAGUCUAAAAACGGUAUUACUUCUAGCAGAUCAGCUGCUUUCAAGGUUGCAAGCGUUACAUCUGGCAGGCAUUAUUCAUCGAGAUAUCAAACCUGACAACUUUGCUAUGGGUCUUGGUACAAAACAUAACAUCGUUCAUUUAAUAGAUAUGGGUCUGUGUGAGAAAUAUUUGAUCCCGGAAGAAUCAGAAGUUCACAUGGAGAGUGAGAAAAAACAUUCGUUCUGUGGUACCAUACGUUUCGCCUCGCCAAAUGCUCACCGUGGUUUUGCGUUAAGUCCUCGUGAUGAUUUGAUUUCGUUAGCAUACACUCUUAUCUACUUUCUCAAAGGUGAACUACCAUGGUUUAAGUACAAAACUCAUUCGAAAGAAAAAUAUAUGGAACUCGCUGGCCAUUUAAAAAACCGACUGACCGUUGAGGAACUCUGCGAUAAUUGCCCGGAAGAAUUCAAAACAUUUUUGAAGUAUUGUUAUGAGCUGAAGAUCGAUGAAACUCCAGAUUAUGGACGAAUGAGGCAAAUCUUUUGGAUGUUGUUCGUCAAAAGGCAAUUUAUUCUUGAUAACAUGUUUGACUGGAACCUUUACAGAUAUGCACGAAAUCUGGAAAAAGAAACGGAUGGUUCAGGUUAA